AUGUCCUUCCUGGUCGGAGGACUCUUUGGUGUGCACAUUGUUGCCUUUUGCUUAUUGGCAUUUGGUUAUCUCGCCUACACUCAACCUGACAAGAGCUGUUGCUUUUAUCUGUUCGCGAUCCUGGUUGUGGAUUACCCAAGCAUGGUAUUUAUCAACAAAUACUUCGAGCGCAUGUCUGCAUCCCACGUAUCCUUUGUUGUUCUUUACCAGCAGGCUAUAUUGGUCGCAGUGGUUUUCGUGCUGUCCGGUGAGAAGGGCCAGCUUGCCGACUUCAGCACUGACUCCUUCCUAAGCGCUUGCCGGUUCACCGUAUCCCUCAUAGCUGUGAACACAAGGCUGAGCACACCCACGCAACUACUUGCCUCCGCGAUCGCUAUCUCACAGCGGAACACCACAGGUUUCGUGGUCUCCGAAGUCGUGACGUUAACAAGCGUUGUCUCGUUGUCUAUUUUUCUCGAGUCAAGUAUCAGCUCUCAGAUCGAGGCCAAAUUUGAGACUGCACAUGCUGAGUCAAUGUUGGCUGGUUUUCGCAGGCUUCUCCGGGGUGUGUGUGAUGGCGAGGUCUUGUUGGACAGCCACUUGAAUAUUCAAGGAGAUGCUCAGAGCCUGCAGCACCUACUGAUGAUGAGCACUUCUCUGAAUGGAAAAUCCUUCGAGCAGUUGUUGCAGCCAGAGGCGCAGCCACGAUUGGCUGAGCUGAUUGUAACAACCACCGGUGAUGAUUUGAAGGAGGCAAGUAUCCCGCCAUGCCUGCGUGCUUCACUGCGUGGAUCCAACGACAUACGUGUUGCCGUGGAUUUGUUCCACGUCCCAGUUCACUUGCGCUUUGGAACGCAUCACCUAAUAGCCUUUAGAGAAGAUACAGAGUCAAUAAUUCCUGACGCCGCCUGUGACCUGCCACACUUCCCACGGAACAAAGGCAGGACACCGAGUUGCCGAACACCAAGUUUCCGGUCGGAACGGUCCGCGAGGUCGCCCUCUUUGGCGUCCAGUCACACUUUAGACGAGCUAUGCCCAGCAGUGCAAGAAGCGUCUUUGCUGAUUGAUACCUCCAGCGAGGUCUUGGAUAUUUGCCAGGCCCAUUUGCACUAUGAGAAGACAGGGGGAUCUGCCCUGCCGAACCUUCGGUCUGUCAUCCCCACGUCAGACUGGCACAUGGUCAGAGGCAUGGUGCAGGCUUAUGCUCGAGCACAGCGCGGACCAAAGGAGUUCAAGGAUUGGCCCUUGAAAUGUGCCGACAACACGCAAUUGGUGGCUAGGAAGGUGAUACUCUCAAGGGCUUUGCCUCCCAAGUUGUGGCUGCAGUUGCGGGAGUUGCAAAAUGCAGCCCGAGAGGCCGAUACAGAAGCCAUUGGGUAG